AUGUAUUCAAAAGUCAUGAUCCGCCAAAUUCACGCCGGCGUCUCGUCGAUCGGCUUGGCGUUGAACUUGCUGGCCAUUUUCCUGAUUCUCAAAAAUAAGCACAGCGUUGUCGGAAGAUAUGCGUAUCUCUUAUUCUGCUUCUCAAUUAUCAACCUCGUGUAUGUGUUGGUGGAUUUGCUAUUCGCUCCGCCCGAACUCAAUCCGGAGCUCUGGGUCGGCUACCUGGGUACAGUUCUGGUAAUCGGCAUGUUGGCCUCGAUCUGGAUGGUCAUCAUAUAUUCUGGCUACAACGUCUACAAGGCGUUGAGCACCGCCAGGAUUGUCAGCAAAAAGACGAAAAGCUUGCAGCAGGAGCUGUUUCGAGCCUUGGUUAUACAGCUCCUCAUCCCGCUCUUCUUCAACUACCUCCCAAUGAGCCUCAUCUUCGCUUCUGCCAUCUUCCGAAUUUCCGUUGAUCUCGAACUCACCGGACUUUUAUUCAUGCUUGACCCUUUUAUCGAGCCGAUCGUUAUUAUUUACUUUAUUAAGUGCUACAGGACCUCCUUCUACCGUAUCUUCUGUUGCCGUGGCGUCACUGGGAGCCAAGUGUACUCCAGUCAAAACGCUAGACUUUCCCAACAAAUCAAGGCCAACUCGACUAGUGCUGCUGGAGAUGUCGAACCUACAGAAAGGCCCAGCGGGGCAAAACCGGAAAUUUUUGUAUCGAUACCUGAG